CCUCCUCCUCCUCCUGCACCUCUUCAUCCGCUUCCGUUUCUCUUUCAUUCAGACAACAAAACUUCCCAAAUUCUUGCAAGAAAAUCAUAUUUCGAUCGGACGAAAAUGGACGGCGAAGAACCGCCAUUUCCGUCAACGUCACCAUACGUCUCAUCUUCCUCUCUUCUCAAAGACAUCUCAAAUUUCAAAACCCCAAAACGCCCCUCCCACAUCCCCAAAUUCCACUCCCCCUGCCCCCAGUUCUUCACCGCCUCCAAGCAAACCCCACGAGCCUCCUCCUCCUCGUUUCGCCGCCACCGCCCUUCUCUAGCCCCGUCCUCCUCCUCGGCCCGGCCCAAGGCCGCUGCCCGCAGGCUCAGGGCAUUCGAGCUCGAGCAGUCCAAGUCGGCUCGCAAGGCCCAAGUCAAGAAGGAACAGUCUCUCAAAUCCCUAGCCAAGUCCCUCACCGUCUGGCUCAACUUCCUCCUCCAGAACCCCGGAUCGUGCGGCUGCGAUUUGUCCGUCGCUGGUGGUGGUGAUGGUGAUCGUGCGACUGCGAAGGGCAAGAGGGACAGUGGGCCCUGGAUUGGGGUCGGCGUGGAUGCCGCGUGGCGAAGCCCGAAGCGGCAGAGAGAUUCGAUGUGGCGGGCGGCGGAGAAUAACUUGGCGGAGUUUCCGAAUUCGAUGUUUGUGAGUUUGCGGCGUUCGUUGAAAGAUGUGUGUAGUUUCGAUGACUUGAAGCAGCGGAUGCGGGUUUAUUUGAGUUUAGGGAGAUGCAAGGAGAUUUUCCAAGUGAUGAGUCAAGUGGCUAAGAAUAUUGAUGAAGGGAGGUUGAAAAUGAAGCCACAUUGCCCUAUAGUAACAGAUUUUGGAUUGAAGGAGAAGGCCACUAGAAUACUAAUGAGUUAUAACCCAAUUUGGCUACGGAUUGGAUUGUACAUUGUAUUCGGUGGUGAUUCUUUGUUGUCCGAUGGAGAUGUUAAUUCUGAUCAAGAAAUUGCGUUCUUGAAAAUGAUUAUUGAGAAGCAGUUCUUCUCGCAUGCGGGUCUUGCAAAAGUUUAUGCUUAUAACAAGAUGGUUGAAGGUCUAUACAGACCUGGUUACUAUGAAAGCCUGGGGAAUCUUAUAUUGAAGAGAUUUUUGCUGCUUGCUCUUAUCCUUGAUAAAGCUAAAUCUCAGAGCAGUCUUCCCCUCAAGUAUGGUAUUGAUGGAUUGGAUGGGGGUUCUCCGUUAUUGUUCACGGUACAGUCUGGUAUUAAAUCAAGCCAUCAAGUCAUCCAAGAUUUCCUAUCCUCGGAUAUAAUGCACGGGGAAGGUAAUCUUUUAGCACAUCUGCUGAUUAUAGGGUACAAGGUAUCUUAUAAGCAGUGUCCACUCAUUGAGUAUGAUUUCAGAGUUACAGAUUUAUUUGUAGAACUCCAAGAUGGGGUCCGGCUCUGUAGAGCCAUUCAGCUCUUGCGAAAUGAUUCUUCUAUCCUCACGAAAAUUGUAGUUCCAUCAGAUACUCGUAAGAAGAACUUGGCAAAUUGUGGCAUUGCCCUGCAGUGUCUUAGGCAGGCUGGUGUGAUGUUAUAUGAUGAAGAUGGAAUGAUGAUUAUGGAAGAUGAUGUUGCUAAUGGAGAUAAGGAACUUACUCUCUCCUUGCUGUGGAACAUUUUCGUUCACUUGCAGCUGCCUCUUUUGAUCAACAAGACAAUUUUAUUCGAGGAAAUUUCUAAAGUUCAUGGAGUUAACGUGGAUAAGUCAGGUAGUGACAACCUCACUCAUUUGGAAAUGCUUCUCAAUUGGAUCCAGGCAAUAUGUGAAAAUUAUGGUUUCAAGAUCGAGAAAUUUUCUUCCCUGGUUGAUGGAAAAGCCAUAUGGUGCUUACUCGAUUAUUACUUUCGCAAGGAACUUCAUUGUUCUUGUUCUUUAAAGGAUUUAAAAAAAACAAGUAGUAAAGACUCAAUUAUGUCAGCUACUGAUUAUCCAGAUGCAGUGCACAAUUUUAUAUUAUCACAGAAAUUAACAACAUUAUUGGGAAAUUUUCCAGAGGUUCUGCAAAUCAGUGACAUACUUGAAUAUAAUGGUGCAUGUAAUGAGCAGAGUGUGGCCAUUUUGCUGGUGCUCCUUGCUUCACAACUGGUUAUGAAGAAAAAUAUGGAUCAGUUGAAUUUCCAUAAAUUCUUAGGUUGUGAUUGUAAAAGUACAGAGAGAAAACAUUCAUGUUUGGAGCGGUGCUUUGUCAGUUCUGAAGCGCUACAUAACCAAGAGACAGAAUGGCGCAAUACCGAAGAUGCUCUCAGAAACAGGAAUUUUAAAGCCAUCCAAGCUUUGUGGCAAGAUAUGGCUGAACGGAACUAUAAACCUGUUAGAAAACCAGCUCCUCCUCCUUCACCAUGCUUAUCAACAGUCAAAGACAUUAUUAGCAUUCACAGAGAAAAUGCUGCAAAAGUUAUACAGUCUCAUUUCAAACGAUUUAUUGAACGUCGCAAUUUCUUGAAGAUGGUGAAUGCUGUUUCUUUGUUGCAAAUUGUAAUCCGAGCUUGGUUAACUGUCAGAAAGAAAUCAAUUUGUAUCAAAUUUGACACUGUUCAAGUUGAAGAGUUUUCAAGUGAAAGGUGGAAACAGUCAAUAAACUGGGAGAGAUAUUUUAUCCUCAUUUGUGACAGACACAGUUUUGUCAAGUUAAAGAGAUCAGUAUUGCUUAUCCAGCGAGCAGCAAGGACUUGGAUCAAUCAAAGACGUCAUGGUAGAAGUAUUGCAAUUGGGGAUGUAUCUGCUUUUGACCAAGUCAACACUGCCACUGUUGCUCAGAAAUCUAGUUGUGGGUGGUCAGCAGGAUUUGAAUCUGUGCAUGGGGUUGCUAAGUUAGAGAAACCUUCAAACUUCUGUGAAGAAAAGGGUGCAAGUGAUCUUCAAACAAAAGCAGUGGUUAAAAUUCAGCUUGCUUUGAAGAAUUUUAUCAUCUGCAGAUCUCUCCGCAAUCAACACUUUGCUGCAACUAAAAUUCAGAGUCAUUUCCUUGGUUGGCUAUCGAGAAGAAGGUUUCUAAAUCAAAGGCAAGCAACAAUAAAAAUACAAAGUAGUUUUCGAAUGAAAAGAGAUUGGAGUGCUUACCAACGCUACAAAAUUGCUACCAUCUCAGCCACCCUCAUUCAAUCUUUUGUCCGUGGAUGGAUUGCCCGGAGAGGAGCCUGUAGAUGCAGGCAUCUCAUUGUUGCAAUCCAGAGACAUUGCCGUGGUUGGUUAAUAAGAAGGGAGUUCUUGGUCCAAAUAGAGGGUGUAACAAAAAUACAAAGUGCUAUUCGAUGUGUGACAUGCUGGAAGGCAUUUCAGUGUCAGAGACAUGCUGCAAUUGAGAUUCAACGGUUUAUUCGGGGGCAUCUUUCUCGAAAUUCACUUUUAGGGGCUUCUAGCUUACGUGCAGUCAUUUCUAGUGAUUGCUUGUUGAAGAGCUCAAGAGGGUGUUUCAAGAGUAUUGAACUGGAAAUAUUUUUAUGUUCAAUUCUGAAACUACAAAGGUGGUGGAAGGGUGUUUUGUUGCUCAAGUUAAGAACAAAAUCUGCAGUCGUAAUUCAGUCUCAUAUCCGUGCAUGGCUUGUUAGGCGAAAUGCUGCAAGAGAGAAGCAUCGUAGUGUUUUGUUGUUUGAGUUAAGAACAAAAUCUGCAGUCAUAAUUCAGUCUCAUAUCCGUGCAUGGCUUGAUAGGCGAAAUGCUGCAAGAGAGAAGCAUCGUAGUGUUUUGUUGUUUGAGUUAAGAACAAAAUCUGCAGUCAUAAUUCAGUCUCAUAUCCGUGCAUGGCUUGAUAGGCGAAAUAUUGCAAGCGAGAGGCAUCGUAUUAUUGUGAUCCAAUCAUACUGGAAAGGUUACCUCGCACGGAAAGAAUUAAGAGGGCAGCUACUGGAUUUGCGCUUGAGAGUGCAGAAGUCUUCUACAAAUGUGGAUGACAGUAGGCGUAUCAUAAACAGACUUCUUGCAGCACUUUCAGAACUACUAAGCAUGAAAAGUGUCAGUGGCAUACUUCAUACUUGUGCAACUCUGGAUAUGGCUACAGAACAUUCUCAGAAAUGUUGCGAAGAACUUGUGGAUGCAGGAGCAAUCAAUACUUUGCUGAAGCUUAUUCGUUCAGUCAGCAGAAGCAUACCAGAUCAGGAGGUUCUAAAGCAUGCGCUUUCAACUCUCAGAAAUCUUGCCCGCCAUCCACAUCUGGUUGAAGCGUUAGUUGAUAGUCAUGGAUCUGUAGAAAUAAUUCUCUGGGAGUUCCUAAGGAGCAAGGAGGAGGGAUAUUUCAUUGCUUCUGAGCUUCUGAAGAAGAUAUGUUCAACUCACAAAGGUGUUGAAGCUAUACGCAAGUUACCAACCCAUUUGAAAAGGCUUCAGGGUCUUGUUGAGGAACUCACAAGGAAAGCAAGCAAUGAGAAGAGGAAUACACGGGGACCAGCUGCGAGAGAAAAUGUAGAGAGAAGAUUAAGAGAGGCUGUUCAAGUUCUAAAAGCGGCAGCAAAUGGUCAAGUUUAGGUAUUGAUGCAUGCAUAAGAUGUAUUAUGUUAGGAUUAGUUGUGUAUAUUUGCCGUUGAAAUUACACAUUCAAUGGUACAGAAACUUGACAGUCUUGGUGAAAUUUGUCGAUUGCUUUGAAGUUGUCCGGAUCUUUGUGUGCUGUGUGCAUGAUCAGUGCACGGUUGUGUAGUGUUAGUUUGCAGAAAAUGUUGUAAUCAACACUGAUUGUCUUCACCAAUCAGCCAUCAAUACUGAUUGUGUUAGCGUUU